CGCAGGGGGAUAUGUCGAGUUCCAGUCAGGAUGGGCGUAAGAAAGGAUGACCUUGUUCACCGAUCGCCGUCAUUGGCCAUGGGUGUGAUCGAAGCGAAGCUGUGUGCCACGACAACUCGGGUGCGUAUGAGCGCUUCCCGAAACGCUGCACGCGUCCAUCCCGGCCCUUUCAGGCCUCACAACGAGCAAGUUGUAUCCCGAUUCCCUUCGAUUCAGACUUCGCAUCCAGUUGCCCCGGUACGACUGAAGAGUCAUGGCGUACGUUUCCAUUGAGUCAGACGAGCGUAUGGAGGAGGGACCCGAGGGUCUCCAGUUCCAAUCAUUCUUGGGAUCCGACCCUCGAGGGGGCAACGAGGGUGCAGCGGGUGGAAGUACUUCAAGAGGGUACAGACAAGACUCCGGCUCGAGCAAGUUCUGGACGUUCGAGUACUUCCAACCUUACUUUGACGUCGACACCAAGACCGUCCUCCAACGCUGCUACAUGACGAUGUUCCCUCCCUCCGCGACCUCCUACCAAGGGGCGUACCUCUCGCCUGCCCCCGACCUCUACGGGCCCUUCUGGACGCUCACCACCCUCAUCUUCGCACUCUUCGUCUGCUCUUCCCUCUCCUCCGCCAUCGCAUCCUGGCUCUCCAACCCCGCCGCCGCUGCCCACAUCGUCUAUGACUUCUCGCUCAUCUUCACGGGCACAUCGCUCGUGUACGCAUACGGCCUGCUUGUGCCCGUGCUGCUCUGGUUCGGCCUGCGGUACCUGGGUGUGGGCGAGUGGAGCGUCGUGGACGCCGUGGCGAUCUGGGGGUAUGGCCAGUUUGUGUGGAUACCCGUUGCGCUGCUGUGUGUUAUACCCAUAGCUAUCGUUCGAUGGGCCGUCGUCGGAGUUGGUGCGCUGCUCUCCGGAUACUUCCUCAUGGCCAACGUCUACCCUAUUCUCGCCUCGGCGGACGCAAAGUCUGUGCGGCUCAUCAUCGUGUUCCUGGUACUGCUGCACGCCGGUAUUGCGCUCAGCUUCAAGAUCCUGUUCUUCAGCUACUACGCGCUGAAGGACAUCGGUCCUGCGGACCCAACAGCAAGCGGUGUUGUUCCUUGAGGCGUGAGGCAGCUUGGUUCUUACUUGCGUCAAUAGUUGCUUGUCUCUGAAAAGUAGUACCGUAAUUUAUGCCUUUACUCCGAGCUUACGCUGACGAGCGCUAUCACUCAU